UUAUUAUUUUAUUAUAUUGCUCAUUUAUCAUCAACGGUAAAGAUUUGAAUAUUCCGUUCUCCUAGAUUUCCAGAAAAGAAAAAUAACAUUCAAAGUUCGUUUCUUCUCCCGUCUUCCGUCCUAGGGAGUAGGGAGGGACCGAGGGAGAACUAAUUCUUUCCUUUCCAGCUCCAGCUCCAGCUCCCAUCUAAACCCGAACCUUACCUCCGAUCUGUCAACGUUCGAAUUGGGGAUGCAGAGUCCAAACUGAUCUCCGGCGUCAUUUUAUUGAAUCUACUAAAUGUCUAAAUCUUUGGGGGCUCCUGCAGCUGCUACUAUUGCAUAUUUGGAGCAAAAAUGCAGCGACGGUACUGAAACGAUAAGGGCGGGAUUAUCAGCAAUCCGCUGGGUGAAUUGAACUUAUGAUGAUACAUGGAUCACAAUGAGAACUCUCCGAAGCCUCUUAAUUGUGGUUCGAUAUUUUUCCACAACUUGCCUUAACUUUAAGCUUUUCUUUGCUCGUUUUAUUCAAGAAAGAGCUUCAAUUUCUGCCUGCCCAUGCUGAAGUUUGAGUUUUUGGUGUGCCAUCAUGAAUGCAUAAUCUGAAUGUGUGACACAUAACUGGUGUGAAGCUCUACUGGAGGCAAAUGCAAUGUGAUAUCUGCAUUCGUGGAUUGAUGAUUUGUUGCUAGUUGUAAUGAGAUUCUCGAUUCAGUUAAAGUUAAAGUGACACCCUGCUGCAGAACUUGGAUGCUGAUCCAGUCUAAUAGACUUGAAAUUGGCCAAUAGUGUGGUGGAGGAUUGAUUGACAAACACCCCUCUUUCACUUUGGUCGAUACGAGUCAUUUCAUAUCGACCAUCUGGGUUUUCAAUGCUUAGUUGUGUACACUGCUUGAAUGUGAAAUAAACACAUAGCAGAAGUAACAUUCGAUAGUGUGAUUAGCUAAGUUUUGAUCUGGUUACUGUUUAAACUAUGUCUCCCAAGAUUCUGCUCGUGCUUCUUACGCGUCUCUCUUUCUAUUUAGUUAAAUAGCUGAAUGGCUUUAGGCGGCAUUGCCCUGGCCGUUUAUGCUCUCUUUAUCAGAAAAACUGUUUGCUUGACCAGAUCCUAAUUUUGAAUCUUUCUCCCUUCCUUGUUUUCUUGUAGUAGGUGCUUCAAGAAACACAUCAGUUGUUGUUGUAACACUAGAGACCAGUGAAGUAUAUAUUAUAGCCAGCUUGUCUUCUAGGGCUGACACCCAGGUGAUAUAUAUUGAUCCAACAAGCGGUGCACUUCGGUACACUGGGAAGCCAGGUGUUGAUGUUCUUAUGUCCGAAAAUGAAGCUUUUGAUCACAUUACAAAUGCAUCAAAAUGGCAAUGCAGGAGCGCAACCCAUGCGAGGGCAAUUCUGGGUUAUGCAGCCCUUGGAAGCUGUGGUUGGCUACUUGUAGCUACAAAGUUAACAUCCAGCAUUCCGAAUUUUCCUGGUGGGGGGUGUGUAUACACUGUGACAGAGACUCAAUGGAUCAAAACAUGACUUCAAAACCCUCAACAUCAAGGUAAAGGCGAACUGAAGAAUGUUCAGGAGUUAACUGAGCUUGACAUUGAUGGGAAACACUACUUCUGUGAGACAGCAGACAUAACUCGACCUUUUCCCAGUCGUAUGCCUUUAGAAAAGCCUGAUGAUGAAUUCGUAUGGAAUGGAUGGCUAUCAAUGCCUUUCAAACACAUUGGUCUUGCGCAGCAUUGUGUCAUUCUACUGCAGGUUUUUCUGGAACUUUAUCAUGUUUAUACCUACUAUGAUGGACAGUUUCUGCUAUUAAGAACUUUAGAAUCUUGUUUGUGGCUUUAGGCUUAUGCUUUUUUCCUUCAGAAAAGCUACCGCUACUAAUAUCUUGAUAGGAAGAAUGCUCUAAGGAAAAAUCUCAUCGGAUCUCCUUGUCUCUUAAGAAUUAGACAUCCUCAUUUAUGACUUUUCCUUUUCUUGGAAGCAUAGUUGUGUUAGCAUUCUCUAACAUCCCUGUCCCUUAUCCCCAUCAAUGGAUCUCAUGGAUGUAGCAUGUUUAGUACCUACAUCCACAUCUUUGGUACAUCUUAACUAGCACUCACGAUUAUAUCAGCAAGCCUUCAUCAUUCAAGCCCAACGGGAUGAUUUGGAAUCUGCUAUUGGAUACUAUUCAUGCUAGAGUUUUUCAAUUAAUGAGCUAGUUUUUAAUCCUACUCACAUGUUUGCCAGCUCUUGUGAGAAAUUAAUAAUUACAUAUAUUGGUAAUUUAUAUUUUCAGUGGUUGAGGUAUAAUGAGCCAUCAACGUAGGAGUUUGAUAUCUAAACAGUGUUGUUCAUCACUCAUCUCUGUUUUCUCUUAUCCACUAAUCCUCUGUAGGAGGUUCCGCAAGUUCCUUUCUCCAUGGUACUGUUUAUAGAUGUGAAUAUAAAGCUAAUCUCGAAUUUUUACUUCAUGUCCACUGGCAGCAUAGAUAACAAAGUGCCUUAUGGCUCUCUUUUCAUUUGUUUUUGGAGUAAUUCAAGCUGCAUAAAAGUCAUGUGAUUGUGGGUUUAUUGUCCAUUUUAUAUUUCACUGCUUACUCAGAAGGAAUAGAUCUUUGAUCAAUUUAUCUUUGAAUAAGAGAAUAAUUUGAGUCUGAUGUAAAAUUUACAUGUAAUAUUUGCUUGGUAUUAAUGUCUAGGGCUUUGCAGAAUGUCGAAACUUUGGAAGCUUGUGUCAGCUAGAAGGGAUUGUUUCUCUGACAGCUCGUCGUAGUAGGCUACAUCCUGGGACUCGAUACUUGGCUCGGGGGUUAAAUUCUUGUUUCAGUACAGGUGAGAAUAGCUGAUUCCUUCUUAUGGCUCGUAGUGUAUGCUUUGAUGUCAUACUCCCCUAGGUCUGAGCUGGAGGGAUAUUAUUGUAUAAAACUACCUCGUUGAGAUAGUAUCUCUUCAUGGAACAUCAUUUUAGUGGCACCAUAGUGUUGAAAUGAAGUGAAAUGGAAUAUUAUUCAUAGUUUUGUUAUGCAUUUUUUAAGUAUGCUGUUACUUGUACCACAACGUCCAACCUUCCGAUAAUUUAAAGUUGCACUUCACAACUCAUUUUCUCUUCAGAAGCAUAAAUGUGUGGUUUGUUUUUUAUACCUAUUCACCUAAUACCGCCCAUUAUAUUUUAUCACCUGAUUCCUUGGGGUCCUAUACUUAAUUAUGCUGACUUCUGAGUGCUCAUGAACAGGAAAUGAGGUGGAGUGUAACAACUUGUUUGGGUGCCCAAAAAGAGUAGUGAAAGCGUUCCCUUUAAUACAUAUAUCUGGCGACGUGGUACUAUUCCAAUAUGGUGGGGUGCAGAGUUAAAGAUCACUGCUGCAGACUGCAGAGACAGAAAUUUAUGUUUCAGAUAAGCACCCUUAUAAAGGAAGCCUGGAUUACUAUAAUAGGUUGAGCAAAAGAUAUGAUGCUAGAAGCUUAGACAUAGCUCUUGGUGAUGCCCAGAAGAAAAAAGCUUUUGUUCCCAUUGUAUGUAUCAAUUUGCUUAGGAAUGGAGAAGGAAAAUCAGAAUCUAUCUUGGUUUAACACUUUGAGCAAUCUCUAAACUACAUUAGGUCGACCCGAAAACUUCCCCAUGCCAGAGUACAUCUGAUAAAUUAUGACUGGCAUGCUAGUACUAAGUUGAAAGGUGAACAGAGAACUGUUGAAGAACUUUGGAAGCUUCUUGAAGCACCCACUAUGGCUAUUAGCAUUUCUGAAGGUGAUUAUUUACCUUCAAGACAACGACUCAAUGAGUGCAGAGGUGAAGUCAUCUGCAACGAUAAUUAUGUGGGAGCGUUCUGUGUAAGAACACAUCAAAAUGGAGCAAUACGGUUCAACUGUGCUGAUUCGUUGGAUAGAACAAAUGCUGCUAGUUAGUUUGGCGCCCUCCAAGUUUUUGUGGAGCAAUGUAGAAGGCUGGCCAUAUCUCUAGAUAGUUAUCUGGCAUAUGGCCAUCUGUCUCCCACUAACUAUGGUGGUUACACAGCUCCUUUGCCCCUGGGUUGGGAGAAACGAUCUGAUGCAGUGACAGGAAAAACCUAUUACAUUGAUCACAAUACCAGGACUACACCUGGAAUCAUCCUUGCGCAGAUAAACCUUGGAAGAGACUUGGAAUGUCUUUUGAGGAGUUCAGGAGGUUAACAAUCUUAUAUCCUGUAUGGUUGCUGGCUGAUCUUUUCCUUCUUGCUGGAGAGAUACAUGCCACACUUUAUACCAGCUCUAAGGCAAUGCAUAGCCAAAUAUUGAGCAUAUUUACUGAAGAAACAUCAAAAUUUAAACAGCUCUCGGCAGCUCAGAACAUGAAAAUCACUAUGCAGAGAAGAUAUAAAAAUGCAGUAGUUGACAGCUCUCGUCAGAAGCAUCUGGAAAUGUUUCUUGGAAUGAGGCUUUUCAAGCAUCUACCUUCGAUUCCGGUCCAGGCUUUAAAUGUGACUCAACAAGAUGCAGAUGUGGUUGAGCUCUUUAUCUAUCUCGGGGAGCAUUGUCAUGUCUGCCAGCUUCUUCUAACGGUGUCCCAUGGUGCAGAUGACUCAACUUCUCCAUCAACCGUCAAUGUCAGGACAGAGCGCUCUCCAGUUGGGCUUAAGUUGGUUGUGGAGGGUGCUUCCAUACCUCAAUGUGCAAAUGGCACAAACCUCUUGAUAGCUUUACCAGGGCCAAUUAGUUCUGAGGAUAUGGCUAUAAUCGGAGCUGGUGCACGUCUUCAUGCUCAGGACACGUCAAACCUUCAUUAUUGUAUGAAUUCGAAGAACUAGAGGGGGAAUUGGACUUUCUUACUCGUGUUGUGGCAGUUACCUUUUAUCCAGCUAUUUCUGGGAAAGGUCCCAUGACUCUUGGUGAGGUAUGGUACUGGUCCUUAAAAGAUUGCUGAAUUGCUAUUUGUUUUGCAUGGACAUAGACUUUAUGACUCGUUUAAAGACCAUACGUUACUUGUAUUGAAGAUCGCACACUUAAACUAUCUUGGAUAGUGGUGAGAUAAUUUACUUACUUUAUCUUUUGCACCGAAAUUAAUGACUUACUGUCCUAAGCUACUUCUGCUGUUGAAUUUCAAAUCAGAAACAUGAGGCAACUCUAAUCUUUGGAGUUGGAAGUUCUCGUGCUUCUCCUAUUCAUCAAAACAUCCUUUUAUAACCUUCUACGCUUAGUAGAUCGGCUAUGACUGUCCCAUGUGUUGCAGUAAUUCGAUUAAAUUGGUCCUUGCCUGUUCAAGGAAGCUCGAAACAAACAAGCUGCACCUCUUUGAGGGUAAAGCUUGGCUUCACUCCAACAGAACAUGGACUCAUGUGCGUUCUAUUCACAAAGUGUGAAAAAAGUACUUAUUGUAGUAGCAUGAAUGCAGAUGAUGUGGGUUUUUCUUGUGGAGACUAAUUCUUGAGCUAUUAUGGAAACGUGAGAAACUAACUUCCCUGUUUAACUAGUGGAAGGGAUCUCUUUGCAUUAAGAUCUAGCUUCUGUUGAAAUGCAGAUACUUGAUGCUAUUUUGUUUGGCCCAAAGGUUUGGACCUAUGGUGUUUGAUUGUUAUCCCACAUUACUGCUAGGAAAACUCUUCAGGUUUUAGUAUGCUCUUUUCCUUUUCUCCAUUUAAUCCCUUAGACAUUAUUUCAGUUAAUUUUUUGGCGAGUCAUGUGUGUUGUUGCUUCUGCACUAAAACAGUUAAAUCAUUUUGUUACAGAUAGAGAUCUUUGGAGUUUCUCUUCCCUGGAGGAGUAUGUUUAAUAGUGAAGACCUUGGUAGAAGGAUACUUCAACUUCCUAAACAAGUGCAGAAGGAAAUCAACCCAUUUCUGUCUGAUCCUAGCACCAAUCCACUGUCUGGGUAAAAUUCACAUGAUUUAGCUGUUCCGCCAUCAAUGGAGCAAACUGCUUCUGGAAAUUGGCUUGAUCUGUUGUCCGGAGAAGAUACAACUUCAUUUUCUCAUCCUCUGGCACAAAAUCAUGGGACUGGUGGAGGUGAUUUGCUUGACUUUUUGGGUGAAGCUGCUACUGAAGAACAUGGUGAGACUGACCAUGACUUCUCGUCGCUAGUUGGAAAUGCUGUAGAUAAUGGUACAGAAAAAUACAUCAACUAUCUGAAGGUCCUUCAAGGGUCACAAAUGGUAGGGCACCUUUUUAAUUUUUUGGCACUUUUGUUUUAUUUUCGUUUCCUGCAGUCUUCUUUUGAUGCUAUGUUCAUGCGAUAAGAUGAUUCCUCGAAAUGGGUAUUGCGGGUUUCUUUGCUUUUUAGUAUAUGACUAGGUUUUUAUCAUCUCUUUUUAAGUUCAUAAAAUUUAAGUAGUAAGAAUAGCUCAAACAAUCUCCUUUUAUUUUUUCUUAUGACCUGUUGGAACACCAUAGAAAUUGGCCUCUCAAAAGGGAUGGUUGCAAUCAGGAACAAAGAGGCAAAUAUGACAGCUGAGCUAUAAACAUGGUGAAACAAGUAGAUGUGCUUGGUAGGCUUCAAUUUUUUUCCAGAAGUCCAAGGUUUCCAUUGCCAAAGGAUAAAUGAUAUGUCGAUAUGACAUCCUGGAUGACAAAAUGUAGAAUUUUCUGGGGAAACGUGGCUCGAAUGUGAAGUAGGUUUGGAGGGUCUUCCUACCAUUGUUACUGGCAAUAGAGCUAUUUGGUAUCAAAUGAUUACACGUGUUGGCUAAUAGCAGGAACAUUGUCUUGAAGUUAAACGCAGACGAUAUUUCAGGAUUAAAUGAUGAAAACUAUGAGAGCCAGGAUGAAUUUUUUGCUACAGUCUGUGAAGGAUAAAAGGAUGUAGCUCUUCAUUUUGUGAGUUCGUUGGUCAUUAUGUAAAAGCAAAAUGUAGUUACUCAAAGUUAAGAUUUUGCAUGAGACCUGAUGAAGCCUUGGUUACAGUCUCUGAAUCAUAAAACGAUGUAGCUCUUCAUUUUGUGAGUUUGUUAGUCAUUAUGUAAAAGCAAAAUGUAGUUAAGCUACUCAAAAUUAGGAUUUUGCAUGUCCUGAUAAAGCCUUGAUGUUUUUACCUAUUGCUUUUCCUUCAAUUUUCUUAAUCUUUCUCAGGACUGAAAGUUGGACUUUGUGGAAGCUAUAAAACUUGAAAUUGAACGGCUUUGACUGAGUCUUUCAGCUGCAGAAAGGGGUAGAGCUCUCUUGUCCAUUGGAAUCGAUCCUUCUUCAAUAAACCCAAAUGCUUUAAUUGAUGCAUUAUAUAUUGGGAGAAUAUGCAGAGUUGCAACCACCCUUGCAUUCCUUGCUCAAGUUUCUCAUGAAGAAAAAAUUAACGCUGCUAUCGGCCUUAGGAACAUUGAUGAUGAUGUUAUAGAUUUCUGGAAUAUCUCUGGAAUUGGGGAGUAUUGUUCUGGUGGCCAGUGUGAAGUUCGUGCUGAAAAAGGAACUUCUCGCCAUUUUUCUCCUGCAUUGUCAUCAGCAGGAAAUGAGCAAUCAAUAUUUAAGUGCUCUCAGUGUAGACGGAAGGCAUGUAAAGUGUGUUGUGCUGGAAAAGGAGCUCUUUUGCUGACGAGCUACAACUCAAUGGAUGCCAGCUACAAUGGACUUGAGAGUGGAACAAGCUAUGGGAGCCAAGCUGACAGUUCAGCUAAUCGUGUAGUGCCAGUAGAUGGCUUCAUUUGUAAACGAUGUUGCCAUGAGACUGUGCUCCAUGCUUUACUCUUGGACUAUGUAAAAGUGUUAAUUAGCUUGAGAAGGAAAAACAGGGCAGAUAAUGCAGCUUGUCAAGCUUUGGACCAGGUUAUAGGAUCUUCUUACUAGACUUACAUUUCUAGUCCAGCUACAUCCAUACACAAGCUCCUAUACGGAGAGGAAUCUCUUGCUGAAUUCCCUUUUGCUGGCUUCUUUCACUCGGUAUGAUUCAAAGUCUUGACUUCUUUAAUUGUUUGGUUACUUUAUUUCUCACUUUAGGUUAAGCCUGAUCAACAUUGAUGUUAUAAUCUCUAUGAAGAUACUCUAAUUGUUUGCACUUUCGUGUUCUGUGAAUUUAAUGAUGCCCUUGGAAGGUAACAACUAUAAUCCCUUCUUCGAAUAUGUAUAGGACAAUAACAAAUUAGUUCCACAUGGAUAUGUGCAUACUUAUUUGUUUCAUUAGAUUACAACGUGAUUCUUCUCUCCUUCAAAAUUUUUCCUGUCCAAUGAGUAACUUAAAGUCAGAAUUUUUAGAAGCUCAACUAUGACGUGUAUUUGAAUUGAAGAUUGAAACCUAGUUAUGGUUAUAUCACUGAUUUGCUGCAAUUAACUAUGGGGCGAGGAGAAUAUAAAUCGGGCUGCACUGAAUAUUACUGUUUGUUGGAAUGAAUGGAUGAGAUGUGACUGGUCCCAACCAAAAAUGCUCUAGUCUGUUGGCUGCUAGAUGUCAGCGAUAAUGGGAAUUACAAUUUAUAUAUUUUUACCUUGAUAGAGCUAUUUAAGUGUUGGAAAGAAUUAGUGAGGAUUCGGCUUCUCCGCUGGAUAAUGUGCAAGUUACCACUCCUUUGUCCUUGCUGAGAAUUUGGUUUAUUCAUGGAUUAUCAGACUAGAAAGUUGGGAGUUCGAAGCCCACUACUACCAGAGAGUGCUGCAUGUAUGAGUAGGAUUCUUAGUUAGCUGCUGUCUCUUUUUUGAAUCUUAAUCUAUGCUUACAUUCCAAAGAAUGACAAGUAAAUUCAUUAUCAUUUCCUGUAUCUGGCAAAAGAGGAUUGAAUUUUAUUAAUGCUCUAAUCUCUGUUACAUGCAGCACUGAAUUUUCUAUUAGAACUUUGUAUCGAUUUUUUUUCUAGACCUCUAUGCUCUUUGUUAGUGACUGAAAUUGUAUUAUCCAGUUACAGGUUGAAACAGCUAAAGAUUCAGCUCCAUUUAUGUCAUUACUUGCCCCGUUGAACUCUGGAUCACUUCCCUCAUAUUGGAAGGCUCCUCCAACGACCACUUCUGCUGAACUUGUUAUUGUUCUUGGAAGCCUCUCCGAUGUCAGUGGAGUUGUCUUGCUCGUCAGUCCCUGUGGCUAUUCUGCAGCUGAUACUCCCAGUGUAUGGUCACCUAAUUUAUAAUACUUUUUCCAUGCAUUUACUAUAUCAUGGUUAGAGUAGUUAAUGCAAUUGAUGUUUGAUUGGGAUAUGCAUAGUGUUUCUGAUAUGUUUUAUUCAAGCAAUGAAUUCCUUUCUUCAAUAGCCAUGGCCCCUCCUAAGUAAAACAUCUGUGUCCUG